GAAUAUAUUGAUGACACUUUCAGAUUUGGAAAGAUCGUGAAUAGUACAUUCAUUAAGAUUUGUAGGUCUCUACUUCCAAACUGAAUUUGUACAGAGAGAAAAUUAUGAAUAUGGCUUGAUUUGCUCUUGAUCGUGAGAGUGGUUCUAAUGAGUGUCAAAUGGACUCUCUCAAGUUCAGGGAGUUCUACUCUAGCAGUGAGGAGCAGAACCCUGAGCAGCAACGUGGUGUCAGUGAAAACAUUUCCUCAUCAUUCUCUUUAAAAGAGCAACAGAAAAUGAGUGAUUAUUCUGGACUUGCAAAUAAUCAUAGCCAGAUGAUUGCUGAAGAUUCAGAAAUUCAGACAAAGCCCGAACACCCUCAAGUUCUUCAGGAAGAUAUUGAAAUGAGCAGUGGAUCCAGUGGGAAUGACUUCAGUGGAAAUGACACAAAUGAAAACUACUCGAGUGGGCAUGAUUCUCACGGCCAUGAAUCUGAUGAAAAUGGGAAAGAUUCAGCAAUGCUCAUGGAAUCUUCAGACUGUCAUAAAAGCUCAAGCUCAAAUGCAUUUAGUUUGAUGAUUGCAAACUCUGAACACAAUCAGUCUAGCAGUGGAUGCAGUAGUGAGCAGUCCACUAAAGCCAAAACACAAAAGGAAUUGCUGAAAACGUUACAAGAGCUGAAAGCUCACCUUCCUUCUGAAAAGAGAAUUAAAGGCAAAUCUAGUGUCCUAACAACAUUGAAAUAUGCCCUUAAAAGCAUUAAACAAGUUAAAGCCAAUGAGGAGUAUUACCAGUUGUUGAUGAUUAAUGAAUCCCAGCCUGCUGGACUCAACGUGUCGUCUUACACGGUGGAAGAAGUUGAGACUAUAACCUCAGAAUACAUCAUGAAAAAUGCAGAUAUGUUUGCUGUAGCUGUUUCUUUGAUCACUGGGAAAAUUUUGUACAUCUCUGAUCAAGCUGCUUCUAUUCUCCACUGUAAGAAGGGUUAUUUUAAAAAUGCCAAAUUUGUGGAGCUCUUGGCACCUCAGGACGUCAGUGUGUUCUAUACUUCUACCACCCCAUACAGAUUACCAUCAUGGAAUAUUUGCAAUAGAGCUGAGUCUUCCACCCAGGACUGCAUGGAAGAGAAAUCUUUUUUCUGUCGCAUCAGUGCGGGAAAGGAGCGUGAAAAUGAGAUUUGCUAUCACCCGUUUCGGAUGACUCCUUAUCUUAUCAAAGUGCAAGAUCCAGAAAUAGCAGAGGACCAGCUUUGCUGUGUGUUGCUUGCAGAAAAAGUACAUUCUGGUUAUGAAGCACCUAGAAUUCCUCCUGACAAAAGAAUUUUUACAACUACGCACACACCAACCUGUUUGUUCCAGGAUGUAGAUGAAAGAGCAGUACCUCUGUUGGGAUACCUACCUCAAGACUUAAUAGGAACACCAGUCUUGGUGCAUCUUCACCCAAAUGACAGACCUUUAAUGCUAGCAAUUCACAAAAAAAUACUUCAAUAUGGAGGACAGCCUUUUGACUAUUCGCCAAUCAGGUUUUGCACUAGAAAUGGAGACUAUAUAACCAUGGACACUAGCUGGUCCAGUUUCAUCAACCCUUGGAGUCGAAAAGUUUCAUUUAUUAUUGGAAGACACAAAGUUAGGACGGGUCCCUUAAAUGAAGACGUCUUUGCUGCUCCCAACUAUACAGAGGAUAGAAUCCUUCAUCCCAGUGUUCAGGAAAUCACUGAGCAAAUCUAUCGGCUGUUACUGCAGCCUGUACACAACAGCGGUUCCAGUGGCUAUGGAAGUCUAGGUAGCAAUGGUUCACAUGAGCACUUAAUGAGUGUGGCAUCCUCCAGUGACAGCACAGGAAAUAAUAAUGAAGACCCGCAUAAGGAUAAACCAGUUUGUCAAGAUGCCCGUAAGGUCAAAAAUAAAGGGCAGCGUAUUUUCACUGACAAUAAAGCAAAACUGGGAUGUAAGAGAGAGCCUUUUGCAGAAAAACAAAAUGGUGCUGGUGGUCAGAUGAAGGAUAUAGUGGGAAAGGAUACUGCAGUAACAGCUACUCCUAAAAAUGUUACUACUGAAGAAUUGGCUUGGAAAGAACAACCUGUAUAUUCUUACCAACAGAUUAGCUGUUUGGACAGUGUCAUCAGGUACUUGGAGAGUUGUAAUGUGCCUGGUACAGCAAAACGAAAAUGUGAACCUUCAUCAAGUGUUGCAUCACUGAAUUCUGGAGUUCAUGAACAAAAAGCAGCUGAUAAUGUUGUACAGCCCUUGGGAGAUCCUACUGUGUUGAAGGCAUCUGGUAAAUCAAAUGGUCCUCCAGUGGUUGGUGCUCACUUGACAUCUUUGGCUUUACCUGGAAAGCCUGAAAGUGUUGUCUCUCUCACAAGUCAGUGCAGCUACAGUAGCACCAUUGUUCAUGUUGGAGACAAAAAAACACAACCUGAAUUAGAAAUGAUAGAAGAUGGUCCAAGUGGAGUAGAACUCUUAGACGGCCAACUUCUUACCCCUCCAUCCACCUCUGCACAUGUUAAUCAAGAAAAGGAACCAUUUAAAAAACUAGGGCUUACAAAGGAAGUCCUUGCAGUGCAUACUCAAAAAGAGGAGCAGAGCUUUUUGAAUAAAUUUAAAGAAAUCAAGAGAUUUAAUAUUUUUCAGUCCCACUGCAAUUAUUACUUACAAGAUAAACCAAAAGGACGGCCUGGUGAACGUGGUGGCCGUGGACAAAGAAAUGGCACUUCUGGAAUGGAUCAGCCUUGGAAGAAAAGUGGAAAGAACAGGAAAUCAAAGCGCAUUAAACCACAGGAGUCUUCAGACAGUACAACUUCUGGAACUAAAUUCCCCCAUCGGUUCCCUCUUCAAGGUUUAAACACUACUGCUUGGUCACCAUCAGACACUUCACAAGCGAGCUAUUCAGCGAUGUCUUUUCCCACUGUUAUGCCUGCAUAUCCACUUCCUGUUUUUCCAGCAGCGGGGACUGUGCCUCCAGCUCCUGAGACUUCACUCUCUGGUUUUAAUCAGUUCCCAGACUCUGGAAAUACUUGCCCUAUGCAACCAUCCCAGUUCUCUGCACCCCUCAUGACACCUGUUGUAGCUCUUGUGCUCCCCAACUACGUCUACCCAGAGAUGAACAAUAACUUACCUCAAACCCUUUACCACAGCCAACCCAACUUCCCUGCCCAUUCCACUUUCUCUUCACAGACAAUGUUUCCAACACAGCCACCAUUCGCUACACCCAGCCCUUUCCCACAACAGGCGUUUUUUCCAACGCAGCCAUUCCAUUAUAAUCCACCAGUAGAGAGUGAAAAGGUUCCUGUGGCAGAGCCACGAAAUGAGCCAUCCCGUUCCUGCACUCCACAGUCGGUGGGUCCUCAAGACCAGGCUUCACCACCUCUGUUCCAGUCAAGGUGCAGUUCUCCUCUGAAUCUUCUACAGUUAGAAGAAACCACAAAAACUACUGAAAGUGGAGCUCCUGCAGGUUUACAUGCAGCUUUAAAUGACGAAGGAGCCAUAGGCAAAAUCAUGACAACUGAUAACUGUAGUGGAAAGGGAUCCUUACCAGCUGAAUCUCCAAUGGAUGCUCAAAAUAGCGAUGCACUCUCCAUGUCUAGUGUGCUGCUUGACAUUUUACUUCAAGAAGAUGCAUGUUCAGGCACUGGUUCAGCAUCUUCAGGGAGUGGUGUAUCUGCAGCUGCUGAGUCUCUGGGGUCUGGAUCCAAUGGCUGCGGCAUGUCAGGGAGCGGAACAGGUAGCAGUGAAACUAGUCAUACCAGCAAAUACUUUGGGAGCAUUGAUUCCUCAGAAAAUCAUCAUAAAACCAAAAUGAAGGCACAAAUGGAAGAAAGUGAGCACUUUAUUAAAUAUGUCCUGCAGGAUCCUAUAUGGCUGUUGAUGGCAAACACAGAUGACACUGUUAUGAUGACUUACCAGAUACCUUCACGAGAUUUGGAAACAGUUUUAAAAGAAGAUAAGCAGAAAUUAAAGCAAAUGCAGAAACUACAGCCAAAAUUUACGGAAGAACAAAAAAGAGAGCUUAUUGAAGUUCAUCCAUGGAUACAGCAAGGUGGACUGCCAAAAACUGUUGCUAAUUCUGAAUGUAUUUUUUGCGAGGACAAUGUACAGAGCAAUUUUUAUACAUCAUAUGAUGAAAUGGACCUUAAUGAAAUGAUUGAAGACAGUGGGGAAAACAACUUAGUUUCCCUGAGUCAAGUCAGUGAAGAACAAACAUAG